CACAAUCUACACUCUAUCUCACGUGCUUGGUCUCCGUACCUGUACAGUAACGGAGGCCGUUGCCUUCGCGGCACCGCCACGCUUUUCCCUCCACGGCGUGGAGUCUACGCAGCAACGGACCUUUUCAUUUUCGCUUUUGCGAUCCCAAGCUAUCUCCAGUUGCUAGCCAAGAACGCCGAUUAAUCCCUCCGAACGGUGAAACGCCACGAUGAAGCCAACUGGACUCGGUUCACUUGCCCUGGUGGCGACUGCUGCUACGCUCUUCGCCACGGCGGAUGCUCAUGGCAAAAUGACUGUGCCCACCUACCGGCAGAUGUCGGAGAAGUUUCACAAGGACUCGGGAGCUCUGGUCAACAUCGGUCUAGAAGAGAUGCAGAUCGGCCCCAUCGAGCUCCUCUCGCAGCACAAGCAAGUCGACUUCCCACCGUCUCCUACGUUCAACCUAUUGAACGGAUGCCGUGGCACUGUGUACGAGGAGGCUAAUGAAGUCACUACCAUCCAGCCCGGUUCUGAGUUUGAUGUCAAGUGGAAAAUUGAUGCCCCGCACCCUGGCUACAUGAAACUCAGCAUUCUUAAGCCGAGCGAGGACUCGAAGGGUGUGAUCACCUACAAGAGCUACAAGACUUUGCUUAACAUUGAGCCUUUUGCUGAAAACGGCGGUGAAGGUGGCACCACUGCCAAGAUGCCCGCCGAUGUUGAGGGAUGUGACAAGCCAGGAGACUGCGUCCUGCAGUUCUUCUGGUACUCUGCCAUCGCGAAGCAGACGUACCCGACCUGUGCUGACAUCGUUGUAUCUGGCAGUGGUGGCGGCACUUCUACCUCUACGACUACGGAGUCGUCGGAAGCUGGUAGCCCAACUGCAAGCAGCGAUGAGUCUACUCCUUCCACCCCAUCCACUCCUUCCAGCCCGUCGACCAACUCGACUCCAUCGACUAACUCGUCCCCCUCAACGAAUUCAUCCCCGUCGACGAAUGCGUCCCCCUCUACGAACUCUUCUCCUUCGACGAACAAUUCCCCGUCGACCAACUUCUCCCCUUCGACAACUACAACCACGACGGCUCCUAGCACCUCCACCACUGAUGCUUCCGUCGCUGGUGAAGCGGAUACCAACAAGUGUGCUCGACGCAUGCGUCGUCACUAGGUUCGACCCAGUCUGUGAGUAGUUUGUAUGCCGUAUUUUGUGUAACUGGUGGCAAACGUAUCCGUAAUUUACCUUGAUUUUGCCGUCCAAA